GAUACUAUAUAAACAAGUCGCUAUCGCUCUUAAAGGGCAGAGUUGUCCAAACUCCCAGGCUGCUGGGAGUCAGCUGAGUAAAUACGGGAAUUGGACUCAAGCUAACUACCCCACCACUCACAGAAGGAAAUUUUUCUGGAGCCAAGAGGUUCGACGUCAUAAUUUUGUACUUCCCAAAGAACGCUGCAAUUCGAAGGUCUAUAAUACUCCAAGCGGAAGCUCUUAUUGCAAGAGGUUCGAUAAUUUCCCAUGACCCAGAACCCAGCCACGUUUCAGGAAGGAUAUUCAUUUCGUCCACAAGAACUCCAUCCAUCAACAUUUCCAUCACUCCGGUCACUUUUGCCUUGAAGAUUUAAAAAUUGUUUUCUGUUCUGGUGCAGUUGGGGGUGGGGGUGGAAACAAACAGCUCAGACAAAAAUCUCAUCUCCAUCGAAGCAGCUAUGCAGCUUGAAAUUCAAGUAGCACUCAACUUUAUUAUUUCCUAUUUAUACAACAAACUCCCCCGACGACGUGUGAAUAUAUUCGGCGAGGAGCUGGAGAGCCUGCUGAGGAAAAAGUAUGAAGGCCACUGGUACCCGGAUAAGCCAUACAAAGGUUCGGGGUUCCGCUGUAUCCAUGUAGGGGAGAAGGUGGACCCCGUGGUGGAACAGGCGGCGAAAGAGAGCGGGCUGGCCAUCGAAGAUGUCCGCAAUAACCUCCCUCAGGACCUCAGCGUGUGGAUUGACCCGUUCGAGGUCUCCUACCAAAUCGGAGAAAAGGGAGCGGUCAAGGUGCUCUACGUGGAUGAUAACGGCGAGAACGGCUCUGAGCUAGACAAGGAGAUCAAGAACAGUUUUAAUCCCGAGGCCCAGGUCUUUAUGCCAAUCACAGAACCCGUCGGCCAAUCGUCCGAGUCCAGCUCGCCGUCGCCUCCUUUUGGGCAGUCGGCUGCCGUCAGCCCCUCUUUCAUGCCGCGUUCGGCCCAGCCGCUGACAUUCACCACUGCCACCUUCGCCGCCACCAAGUUUGGAUCCACCAAGAUGAAAAGCUGCGGCCGCGGCAACAACGGCACCAACGGCGGCGGUAGCAACAAAGCGGCACGGUCUUCGCCUAUUGGCAACCUGGGUCUGAAUGUCAACACCCUGCUCAAGCAGAAAGCCAUCUCCACCUCCAUGCACUCACUGUACGGGCUAGGCCUCAGUCAGCAGCAGCAACAGAAGGCCUCGGCUUUGUCCCCCAACGCCAAGGAGUUUGUGUUUCCCAGUCUCCAGGGCCAGGCCAGUCCCGGGCCAGCGUUUCCCGCCGAGGCCUCCCUGGGGCUCGGACAUCUGCCGUACAACAAUGCCUUCGACGUGUUUGCAGCCUACGGAAGCCUCAAUGACAAGUCCCUCGUGGACGGCCUCAACUUUAGUCUGAGCACCAUGCAGUAUUCUAACCAGCAAUUCCAGCCUGUUAUGGCUAACUAAAACUUACCGAGCAGAUGGUUAUUUAUGAAUAAGGUGGCUCGGAAAAGAGAGGGAAAAAAAAAACGAAGCGCACACUUUAGAAACUGGACCGAGAGCGACUCGUCCACCAGGCGCAUGUGCCCAAGGGUGUGUUUACUGGAACCCUUCGAGUUUGUUUCUACACUACAAAAGCUUGCUGUAUAAACACAUCCAAGCUUCCAUCCAUCCAUUUUCUGAACCGCUUAAUCCUCACUAGGGUCGCGGGGGGUGCAGGAACCUAUCCCAGCCGUCUUCGGGCAGUAGGCGGGGGAGACCCUGGAUCAGUUGCCAGCCAAUCGCAGACAUCCAAGCUUGGUUUCUUCAAUUCAUCAUGCAUCAUUGUUUUUUAUUUAUUUUUUCCCUUUUUUGCCAACCAAGCACAAUAUUCUUUCUUUUUUUUACCAUGUUGAGGAAAAUACUCCAAAAAUGAGGGGGGAUAUAAUGAAGAAAAAAAAACAAAUCACAAGCUUCAAGUUUUGGCCUCUUACAGUAUUUUACAGUUGGUAAGACGGGCUGAUUUUUAUGAAUUGGCAGUACAAAGUGGGGUUACUUGGUCUUUUUCUAAUUGUAUAAUUUCAUUUGGUACAAAGUUUGUAAGCUAUCAGAGUAUAUAUUGUUUCUAUGACAUGGUGUUGCAUUUAUAUCUUUUUACUACUCCAGUGAUCUGUGAUGGCUGCAGCAGCUUUUCCUUAGUUUUCUUUUUUAAAACUAUUGUGAAACAAAUCCAUCUUAAAAGAAAAAAAAAUGACACCAGAUAUUCUCAAGAUUGUGUACAGAAUAUUCCUUUAGUGGUGGAACUCGAAUUGUAGGAAUAUUUGCUAUUUCUGAAAGAUGAAUUGUAUUUUCUGUUAAGGGGUUCAAGAUUUUGCUAUUCUAUGGACAGCAAAUGUAAUCGUAUGGAUAGUAAUUUUUGUACCUACAUUGUGCAAUACUUGAUGAGAAAAAAAAUGCGGUAUAACAAAGUAUUUUGAGUCAGUGUCUUACAUGUCAAGAGGGACUGAAAUAGUUUAUAUUGUUAAGUUUGUAUUAAAUGCUUAAAAAUGAUAUGCUUGUCUUUAUUUUUUUUAAUUUCAUAUUUGCACCCUGGUCUUUUUAAUAAACUACAGUUGGAAGAUCUUGCUGAA